AUGCAAGCUAGCAACCAGGUGCGGCAACAACUAGAGCACAAUCUCACUCUCCCACCCCGCACGACCUCUCGCUGUGCCCUGCAGAGUGGUUCCCUUUCCCUUAUCUUACCCCCUUUCUUGCGUCCCACAUUCCACCUUCUCCCCCACAGCAACCAAGUGCUGCAGCGUCUGGAGCACAAUUUCACUCUCACCCCGCACGACCUCUCGUUGCUUCGACGCCCGCACCACUACCUGCAGGUGUGGUGUGUGCUGCUUAACGACAAGACUGCCAACCGCAUGCACUGGCCUGCAUACCCACAGCUGCAAAUCAACAGUCGCAGUGUGCGGGUCACCAAUCGCCCAGGGCAACAGCUGCUGGGGGCCAAUGGCCGCGACGAUGGCCCCUCGAUAGCGGAGGCAUGCCAUGCAGGGGACAACCACGUGGCCAUGGCUGCAAUUGACAAGCGCCCCUUCUGCAUUGGUGUGCGCAUCAUCCGCAAGCGAUCGUUCGACGAGGUGCGUGCAGUGAUGUGCGUGGCUGUUCCUUGCAUCGACGCGCACAUCAUCUGCAGCGAUUCUUCGCUGAGUGUCUCUCUCUCUCUGGGCGUGGGGGAGUCACUCAAGUCCGCCCUUGCUCGAGUGAAGCGCUUUGGUUUCAGCACCUUAGCGCCCCAUCUUCACUACGCUCGCCCCGUCCCUUGUUCCGUCUUCCCCCGUCCCCUCAUCAUCCCCCACCCCCCAUUCCAUCAGUUGAUGACCAUUCCUCCUGUGGACGUGAUGGCCAUGAUGCCUCCUGUGGACGUGGGGGAGUCGCUUGAAUCCGCUCUCGCUCGAGUGAAGCGCUGCGUGGGAGGAGGGGGCGGAGGGGGUGGGGGGAAAGGAGGGUCAGGCGGUGGUGGUGGUGGUGCAGGUGGUGGUGGUGGGCGGGGUGGGGGUGGGGCGAAACCAGCAGUAUCUUCGGAUAGCAGCAGCAGCAGCGACCUGAUUGUGAUGCAGGACCAUGUGACUCUCAACCUGCGCUGCCCUGUGAGUUCGCUGGGUUGGUGGCAGGUCAGUCGGUGUAGUGUGCUGCUUGCAACAGCAGCACCAGCAGCAGCAGCAACAGCAGGUUGGCAUGUUGGCUGGCAACAGCAGCAGCAGCAGCGACCUGAUUUGAUUGUGAUGCAGGACCGUGUCACUCUCAACCUGCGCUGCCCUAUGAGCGGCUCGCGCAUUCGCGAGGCGGGGCGGUUCAGGGAGUGUGCGCACAUGGGGUGCUUCGACCUGCACACAUUCAUUGAGAUUAACCAACGCGCUCGCAAGUGGCAGUGUCCCGUGUGCAUGAAGCUCUACACACUCGACUCACUCAUCAUCGACCCCUUCUUCCACCGAGUCUGUGAGGAGAUGGCUCAGUAUGACAGUGACGUGACUGACAUUCAACUGAGGGCGGACGGCACGUGGCGGCCCAAGCUAGAGUCGCUGCAUGGCACCUCCAAAGCAGGCAAGUCAACCAAGUCAGCGCCUGCUGUUGCCGCCGCAGCUGCAGCAGUUUUUAACUUUCUUUCUUUUCUUUCUCUCAAUUGA